GUCACACAUCAUUAAUACCUCACUCAGACGGGCACUUUCGUUCGCAAGUACUGCUCUGAGGCGGGUCAUGCCGAAGGCGACGAAACCUCAGUUUUAUGCUGUCCGGCGUGGCCAAGUGCCAGGGGUUUAUCGAACAUGGAGAGAGACCGAAACCCAGGUCAAAGGAUAUUCUGGCGCUGUUUAUAAGGGCUUCAUGACCCGUGCAGAGGCCGAAGCUUUUGUACAAAGCAACCUUGUUCCUGCGUCAACAGCUACCUCGACAUCCAAGAACAAUCCCUACACUCGCCCUCCCACGCCUAGGGGACCAGUUGCUGGCGUUCCCACCAAAGUACGAGCUCCGAUUGAAACAGGAAUAGAGAAGAAUGGGGAGGAUGGACUAGAGGUGGUGGUAGAUGGAAAGGUGUGGAAGGUCGUCUACACCGACGGAGCUUGUUCGGGCAAUGGACGUGCAGGAGCCACCGGCGGCAUUGGUGUGUACUGGGGACCGGGAAUGAAAAACAUCUCUGAACGCCUUCCCGGAGCACAGACGAAUAACCGUGCUGAGUUGAUUGCUCUUGUGCGCGCUCUAGAAACUGAUCCCGAUCCUGCCGCACCGUUGAUUCUGAAGACUGACUCCAGCUACUCUAUCCAAUGUAUGCGUGACUGGCUUCCCAAAUGGAGAAAAAACGGAUUCCAAACCUCCAAAGGACCCGUGAAGAACAAGGAGUUACUCCUAUACCUCUCGUAUCUUAUGGAAGAACGCCCGGGUCACAUACGACUCCAGCACGUACGGGGGCAUGCCGGUGUAGAGGGUAAUGAGAUAGCCGACAGGCUUGCUGUUGCCGGGGCAGGGCUACCUGACGUCGAAGAGAGGGAUUGGGCGAUAACAAAGGAGGAGGCAGAAGAGGAACUAAGUCAGGAACAUGUUGACUUUGAGGUGCCGCCUGAGUUUGUGCUAUCCGAAGCAGAACUCGCACAGAUGGAGCAAACGCAACAAUUCGAUUGAGGGAUAUGUUCAACGGAAUGGUGGGCUUUUCUCCAAAACAGACUGUUAAAGAGUGGAGAGCCUUCUCCAGACGGGACGCAUGUAUCACCACAAGCUGGAGAUUAGCGGCUGGCGCUCUUCAAGUACAACUCAUAUAGAUACCUACUCCACGCUGUUGUAGUGAGAU